UGCUAAUGUACAUCCUUGAGUGCUCACCCUGGCCUCCCUUUACUUCUCAUUGUUGGGUAUUCGAGCAUUCCUUCUUCAAUGUCGUUGUCAAGUUUGAAACAUAUAACAUAAAGGGUUUCAUAUACGAUCGAGGGGCCUCUGGAAAUGACUUUUUCUUUCUUUCUGUGAUUCUCUUCGUUCCCUUUCCUUUAUACCCCCAUGUUCUCGACGCUUGCAGAAAGUUGAUGGCUGUGAGAUACAAUUGGUGAUGAGUGAUGG